GAUGGUAGUUGAAAACCCUCCUUGAGAUGCCUAAUAACACCAUCAAUAAACCUUCAGAGUGGCGGAUAACCCGAGGUUUCAAUUCUAACUCGGGUUAUGGUUAGACCCGACCCGAAUGUGUCGGGUGGAUCUUGUACCCGAGCGAACCAUUAUUUGGCGGAUUCUUAGAGGAUUCGUAAACUGAAUGGAAUUUUACGAGAACCAUCUCGAGCGACUCGGUGGCAUAGAUUUAGGGUUUCGGUAUUCUACCAACCGGUUCACAGUUACGGGCUGGGUCAGUUUUUUUUUAUGAUUCGGUCUGGGAUAAAUUGGAGUUUUUUUACGUGGUUCAGGUUAACCGGAUUUUUUGAACUGAGGGAAGACGGAAAUGGAGGAUUUGCAAAGAGCACUGAAGGAUCGUAAUUUAACGGUUUCUAAUGUUCCAGGAAAGGGUCGUUCUCUCUUUACUACUAGGGAUUUUUACCCAGGGGAAGUGAUUAUUAGUGAAGAGGCUUAUGUUUGUGUUCCAAAUAACAAUAACUCAUCCCACAAAAGGUGUGAUGGAUGUUUCACAACAACUAACCUUAGCAAGUGCUCACGUUGUCAUGUUGUUUGGUACUGCGGAACCGCAUGUCAGAAGUCGGAGUGGAAGUUGCAUCGUCUUGAAUGUGAAGUCCUCUCAAGGCUAGACUACGACAAGAGAAAAUCUGUCACACCAUCUAUUCGGCUGAUGCUCAAACUUUAUCUUCGAAGGAAAUUGCAAGAUGAGAAGAUCAUUCCAAGCACAGCUAGGGAUAACUACAAGUUAGUGGAGGCAUUAGUGGCUCACAUGUCUGACAUCACAGAGGAGCAGCUGGUGUUGUAUGCACAAAUGGCUAAUCUUGUACAUUUAAUACUACAAUGGCCUGAAAUCACUAUAAAAGAGAUUGCAGAAAAUUUCUCCAAGUUUGCAUGUAAUGCGCAUACCAUUUGUGAUAGUGAGUUGAGACCUUUGGGAACUGGACUGUAUCCUGUUGUUUCCAUUAUCAAUCAUAGCUGCUUGCCCAAUUCAGUGUUGGUUUUUGAGGGAAGGACAGCAUCAGUACGUGCUUUACAGCAUGUACCCAAAGGGACUGAGGUAAUGAUUAGUUAUAUAGAAACAGCUGGAAGCACUGUGACUCGACAGAAGGCUCUCAAAGAGCAGUACCUAUUCGCAUGUGUUUGUCCCCUCUGCUCUAAAUCGGGUCAGUAUGACGAUGUUCGAGAAAAUGCAAUUCUAGAAGGAUACAGAUGCAAAAAUGAAAAAUGUGAUGGUUUCUUGCUCCGUACAACUGAUGGAAAAGCAUUUCAAUGCCAAGAUUGUGGAUUAGUUAGGGACAAGGAAGAGAUAAAGAAAAUUGCAACUGAAAUAAAAUUGCUAUCAGAAGAAGCUUCUAAGCCUUCUUCCAGGGGCAAUUAUCAAGAAGCUAUCACCAUAUAUACAAUGAUUGAGAAACUGCAAGUGAAACUAUAUCAUACUUUCUCAAUCAAUUUGAUGCAAACACGAGAGAUGAUUUUGAAGUCAUUAAUGAAGCUGGAACAUUGGAGAGAAGCUUUAGCAUAUUGCAAAUUGACCAUACCAAUCUAUCAAAGAGUGUAUCCAGCUGUUCACCCUAUGCUUGGCUUGCAGUAUUAUACUUGUGGAAAACUUGAAUGGUAUCUUGGAGACACGGAGGAAGCUGUUAUAUCAUUGACCAAAGCUGUGGAUAUACUGAGGAUUACUCAUGGAACAAAUACUCCUUUUGUAAAGGAACUCUUGGUAAUGUUGGAGGAAGCCCGUGCAGAAGCGUCUUUCAAAUUGUCUUCCAAAGAGGAGUAGAAUGACAAGUUAAUGACACUAAUAUUGCAGCUGCUGCCGGUACAAGCAUGUCACUCCAACUGAAUCACAAAAUUAUUAAAUGUUAUCAUUAGUCAUGGCAUAUUUUUGUUCACUCAGGAAAUUUGUUCAGUCACUCACAUGAGAAGUUAAAUAUCGUAAAUUAUCAAAUGGAGUAGUUGUUCAAUAUGUUCUUUAAUGUGCCCUUCAUCGGUCUGUCUGAAGGUUAUAUAAUUUAAUAACUUGUUACUUUUUAUUGAUAGCAAUUUGAACUUUUCAGUUACAGGAUAAACAAAAGGGAAAGAUGCUCCCCAUUUGAGAA